CCUUACCUACUUUUUAAAAAUAUAGUUAAACAUUACCAGAAGGUAGUCCUCUGCAAAAACUCGACAAAUGAUUUUGUCUCGAAACCUAAUAUCCUUAUCCCAAACAAAGCAAGCCCAUGCUCGCAUCAUUGUCUCCGGUCUCGCAGGCAAAGCAUCCCUUAUGGGUCAUAUCCUUUCUUUCCUUGCUACAUUCCCUUCCAGCCCCUUUGAUUACUCCCUCUCAAUUUACCGUACAAUCAAAAACCCAAACGUUUUUGCCUCCAAUAACAUGAUUCGGUGCUUUGCCAAGAGCGACUUGCCUCUACAAUCACUUGUUCUUUACUCUAGUGUCUUAAGAAACUGUGUAAGACCCAAUAACUAUAGUUUUACUUUUCUCUUGCAAGCUUGUAGUAAGGGUUUGGGUUUGGUUGAAGGGGUUCAAGUUCAUGGGCAUGUGCUUAAACUUGGUUUUGGUGAGGAUGUUUAUGUGAGAAAUGCAUUGAUCCAUUUAUAUUCUUCUUGUUGUAGAACUGAGAGUUCAAAACAAGUGUUUGAUGAAAGUCCGCAUCAUUGUGACGUUGUUACUUGGAAUGCAAUGUUGGCUGGUUUUGCAAGAGACGGGCAGGUUAGUGUUGUACAGAAAUUGUUUGAUGAAAUGCCUGAAAGAGAUGUCAUUUCGUGGAAUACGAUGCUUAUGGCCUAUGUUCAUAAUGGGAAGCUUGGAGAAGCCUUAGAGUGUUUUAAGAGGAUGAGAGAGAGUGGGUUAGUACCAGAUGAGGCCACGUUGGUGACAAUGCUCUCAGCAUCAGCACAAUUAUGUUUGCUUGAACAUGGUCAGUCGAUUCAUUCGAUUAUAGAUUCUUUGAGUCUCCCAAUGACUAUCAGCAUCGGUACUGCGCUUCUGGACAUGUAUGCAAAAUGUGGAUGCAUUGAACAGUCUAGGCUUUUGUUUGAAAACAUGCCUCGAAGAGAUGUUUCUACAUGGAAUGUUAUGAUUUGUGGAUUGGCCUCGCAUGGACUUGGAAAGGAUGCUCUCACACUCUUUGAGAGGUUCUUAAAUGAAGGACUUCAUCCCAUGAAUGUAACCUUUGUGGGGGUUCUGAAUGCUUGUAGUCGAGCAGGUUUGGUUAAGGAGGGCAGACAUUAUUUUCAGAUGAUGACAGAUAGCUAUGGCAUUGAGCCGGAGAUGGAGCAUUAUGGCUGCAUGGUUGAUCUCUUAGGACGAGCUGGUUUAGUAUUUGAGGCUAUCAAAGUGAUUGAGAGCAUGGCUAUCUCACCAGACCCGGUGUUGUGGGCAAUGGUUCUGUGUGCUUGUAGGAUUCAUGGAUUAGCAGAACUGGGUGAAAAAAUUGGGAAUAGACUAAUAGAACUGGACCCAACCUAUGAUGGACAUUAUGUGCAAUUAGCUAGUAUUUAUGCCAAUUCCAGGAAAUGGGAAGAUGUAGUUAGAGUUCGAAGAUUGAUGGCUGAGAGAAACACUAGUAAAGUUGCAGGUUGGAGCUUGAUAGAAGCCCGAGGAAAAGUACAUCGAUUUGUUGCAGGGCAUAGAGAGCAUGAGCAGUCUCUAGAGAUACAAAAGAUGCUUGAAAUAAUUGAAACUCGGUUAGCAGCAGCUGGCUAUGUUCCCAACGUUUCACCUGUCUUACAUGAUAUUGGAGAGGAAGAAAAGGAGAAUGCAAUUAAGGUGCACAGUGAGAGGUUAGCUAUUGCAUUUGGUCUUCUGGUUACAGGGCCUGGAAGUUGCAUUCGGAUAGUGAAGAACCUGAGGGUUUGUUGGGAUUGUCAUGAGGUGACCAAGAUGAUAUCAAGAGUGUUUGAAAGGGAGAUAAUUGUAAGGGAUGGGAGCAGAUUUCAUCAUUUUAAGGAAGGGAAAUGCUCAUGUCUAGAUUAUUGGUAGAGUAAAAGUAUUCGUUGUUAGUUUGUUUUCUUUCAUUAGGUCUUUGCUGGAAGUUUCCAGCUUAAUCUCUGUGUGGCAGGUGCAGCGUAGCUGGACCCAAUUCUGGGAAAAUUGCGAAGCCGCAAAUGCAUUAACUUCCAGCAUAAAAGUAGCUGCCCUAUUUAUAGCAUGGAAUGAAAGGAGUUGUCUUGUUAGCAAUGUAAAGGUUAGGGUUUACACGUUGGUGUACCAUCCUGGUGCUAUCAUGAUUUAUCUUGGCUGUCUUGUUGACAGGCCAUCUUAUUUAUACCUUCAUAAAGAAAUUUCAUUUGGACUGUUAGCAGCAUCA